AUGUCGCUUUUGGUAUCUUGCAAGAGGGUAUACGACGAAAGCAUAGACUCCUUCCGCGAAUCCCGCAUCCUAAACAUCACAAACGGCCACACCCUCCAGCGCCUCCUCAAAUACCCGCGGCCGCGCUACGUCUCCGCCGCCCGCACGAUCAACAUCUCCCUGCGUGAGGACAGCGGCAACUGGCUGUACCUCAACGGCGGCAGCAUCUGGCACACGCUCGCGGCCAAAGAAACCAAGGCCACCAAGGUCUAUGUGUGGCUCGACGCCGAGUGCCCGCUCACGCGCCGGCUGCUGACCGAGUUCCGCGAGCUGUACACGGGCAUACCCGCGGAGAUCGCGCCGAAGCUGACGAUCGACUUCCCGUGCGACGCGGAGGACGGGUUCUGGGCGUGGGGCGAGGUGGAUGUGCAGGAGCAGAAUGCGUGCGCGGGCGGCGGCGGGUGGGGGCGGGUGGACCGGAGGGAGGCGAUUUCGGGGGGAUCUGGGGAGGCCGAGGGUGAGGGUGUUGAAGGCCGGGAAUCCUUUUGA